CGUAAUAAAUAUUUUAGCCUUAGCCGGAGAAAUCUUUUCUAAAUAUAUAGUCUGUCUGUUUCAUUGUAGAAUCUAGCAGAUAGAUGGUUGGUUAAGUGAAUGGAGUGGAUGGAUGGUUGGGUAUAGUGAAUGAUUAAGAACAGUUGAGCUCAGAUAACAAUAAAUAUUUGGUAAAAGGAACCGGUUACAGACAAUAUCAUUGCAUAUACACCUAUUCUUUCACCCAUUCUUGGCCUACUGUGUGUAUCUUGGUGUGUAUAUAGAAGUCAAGUGAAAAUGGUGAGGGGAAAGACUCAGAUGAGGCGCAUAGAGAAUGCUACAAGCAGGCAAGUGACCUUCUCCAAGCGGCGAAACGGACUGCUGAAGAAAGCUUUUGAGCUUUCUGUGCUUUGUGAUGCUGAGGUUGCUUUGAUUAUCUUCUCAACUAGAGGCAAGCUUUUUGAAUUUGCCAGUUCAAGCAUGCACGACAUGAUAGAGCGCUACAGGAAGUGCACCAAAGAUGUUCACAGUAACAAGACCCCUGUGGUGCAAGAUAUGCAGCAUUUGAAGCUUGAAACAGCUUGUUUGGCAAAGAAGAUAGAGCUUCUUGAAGUUGCAAAGCGUAAGCUAUUGGGAGAAGGUUUGGGAUCAUGCACCUUAGAAGAGAUACAGCAAGUUGAACAACAAUUAGAGAAGAGUGUGUGCACCAUAAGAGAUAGAAAGAUGAAGGUCUACAAUGAACAGAUUGAGCAACUUAAGGAAAAGGAGAAGACCCUAGCAGCAGAUAAUGCAAUCUUAUCCGCCAAGUGUGAACUUCAACCACCGCAAGAAUCAAACGAAGACAAGGAAUACUCUCCCUCCACCGAGACUGAAAAUUCAGAUGUGGAAACUGAACUCUACAUUGGACUUAGAAAGAAGAUAUCAAGCAUGUAGCAUAUAUAUGACAGAUGAUAAAUAAGGUCAGCUGGUUGUGAAAGUGGGCUUGCACCUGUUUCCCUUUUCACAAAUCAAGUUUUGGAACAUCCAAGAAAAAGUACUUGAAUUUCACUACUCAAUUUAAAGAUAACAGAUAGUCUGCUGAGUGAUGUUAUGUUCUGCCCCGGACCUAGUAUUUUUAUCUUAAGUAUUAUCAGCUGCAGAUAUAAUAAUAAAUAAUGCUAGUCUGCCAGCUGAUGUAAUGCAAUUAUAUUAUCGGUCUUUCUAAUGUGUGCCCAAGGGCACACAAUAAUCACAAACUUUUAUGAAAAUGGGCUAUUUUGAUUGGUGGAAUUAGUGUGAAUGCAGGGAGGUCACAAACAUUUAUUACCUAUCCACCAAUCAGGAGCUAGUAUUUUCAUGAAAGUUAGUGACUAUUGUGUGCCCGUGGGCACACCAUAGAAAAUUCGUUAUAUUAUUUAUGGAACUGAUUUUAUAA